AUGGGGGAGUUUUUGAGUGGAGUUGAGAAUGAGCAUGAGAAGAAUUGGAUUCAUGGUGGGUUUGAGCCACAUAGAAAAAAUAAAAAAUGGAAAUUAUUUCAGAAAAGGGAGUUCACCUUUUGCGACACCAUCAUAAACACAUUCACCAAGGAGCACUUUGGAUCGGAGGUCGCCGUCGACCAGGAUGUCUUGGAGUCAACAAAAAUAAAGCCGGAUGUGUUCCUUGGGCUCCACAUGCUUUUGAAUGGACUGAUGGUUUUACAACUGGUAGAUCACAGUUCAGAUUUCGACCGGGACAACCAGAUUAUCUACAGUAAGAUUAUCUACAAGGUUUUCUUCAUCCCAAAAUUAUUUCAGUAACGCUCAAGAGUUUGUCUAUAUGCAUAUAAUUGAUAGACCUUAUGGAAAAGGAGAUCAUGGAGCAACUCCGGGAAGUCUUGAUGAUGUAACUGGAGAUACAGCUAUGACUGGAAAAAAUACACUGCAAUUUGUUAGGGGAAUUGUUUGUGGGAAAAGAGCUGCACGUUGA